AUGAGUCUGUAUUCAAUGUAUGCGACAAUCAAUUGACAGACAAUUUGUUUGACAAUCACUUCAAUUGUAUUGAAUUUUGUGCUAUAAUUGUAUUUGUGGUGAAGUUAACAAACUGUGGCCACUAUUAUCACUGCCAACCACUCUCUGUUGACACUAUCACCAUAACUGAUCCAUUAGAACUUUGGUCAUUAAGUAUUUAAAUGGUAAAAAUGGAUACAAAUAACGGUACCGAGGAGUCCAAACUAAUGUGGAGGCCCGGGAUGUUUGGCACCACGAAAAUGGAUGUGUUCCGAGAGUUGAUUAACAAAAAGUUUAGCCUAAAGUUGACCACAUAUUCAGAUCUCUAUAACUGGUCGGUCGAUAACUAUUGGGACUUUUGGGAGCAGUUCUGGAGUUUCGCGAAUAUAAUGCAUUCGAGUCCUUACGAGAGAGUUGUGGACAGGACUAAGGGAAUCGACGAAAUUCCCGAAUGGUUUGUCGGCUCUAAACUCAAUUACACCCGAAAUGUGUUGGAAAAGGUGGACAACAGUGACCCCAACAAAGUGGCCCUCUUUGUGGUCAAUGAGCACAACACUGACGUCCAAAGAGUCACUUUUGGACAAAUGAAAGCUCGCGUCACGGCAUUGGUCUCCGCCAUGAGAAAGUGCGGCAUAACUGCUGGCGAUAGAGUUGUCGGUUAUUUACCGAAUGGAAGGGAGGCUGUGGAGGCAUUCCUGGCCACGUCAGCCAUCGGUGCCAUUUGGAGCUCCACAUCACCUGACUUCGGAAUCUCGGGAGUUUUGGAAAGAUUGCGACAAAUUAAGCCUAAAAUGUUGUUUUCAGUCGAUUGUGUCGUCUAUAACGGGAAGCGUCACAACCAUUUGGAAAAGUUAUCUCAACUCAUGAGUUCGCUUCAGUCAUUAAAACGAGUCAUUAUAUCGCAACUCGAAGUGUCCGAUAAUAAUAACAACCAAUUAAGUGAAGUACUGAAAGCACCGGAAUGUUGUACUUUAGAGCAGUUCCUAUCGGAAGCCGAGCCUCUAAAAGCCAUCGAUUACUUCGAGGCCUCAUUCAGUCAUCCGCUUUGCAUUCUGUUUAGUUCGGGAACUACUGGUGAUCCCAAAUGUCUGGUCCACUCGGUUGGAGGAACUUUAAUACAACACUUAAAGGAGCACAUACUGCACGGAAAUAUGGACUCCAAUGACAUUAUGUUGUUCUAUACGACUACGGGUUGGAUGAUGUGGAACUGGAUGGUGUCAGCCCUGGCGACCGGCGCUGCUAUUGUUCUUUUCGACGGAUCUCCUUUCAAACCGACUGCCACUGCGAUAUGGGAUGUAAUCGACAGAAUCGGUGUUACGAUUCUCGGGACGAGUCCUAAAGGGCUUCAAACCAUGGAAGAGAUGGGACUCAGACCUAAGAACUCUCAUAAACUGGACAGACUUCACACAAUUUUGUCUACCGGCGCUCCAUUGAGCCAUAAGUCAUACGAAUACGUUUACGAAUCCAUUAAAACAGAUGUAUUGCUCGGCUCUAUAUCUGGUGGUUCGGACAUAAUCUCAUGUUUCGCGGGACAAAACCCCACAAUUCCCGUGCAUUCAACGGAAAUUCAGGCCCGGAAUCUGGGAAUGGCUGUCCAGUGCUGGGAUGCCACAGGAAAAGAUGUGCGCGACCAAAAAGGGGAACUGGUGUGCGUACAACCAUUCCCUUCCAUGCCUACAAUGUUUUGGAAUGAUCCCAAUGGAGACAAAUACAGGAACGCCUAUUUCUCACACUUUAAAGGUGUAUGGACUCAUGGAGAUUUUUGCUUAAUAAAUGGUGAGACGAAUGGCAUUCAAAUGUUGGGCAGAAGUGAUGGCACAUUGAACCCAAAUGGGGUCCGAUUCGGGAGUUCAGAGAUUUACGGUGUAAUGGAUUUAGUGGAUGAGGUGGACGACAGCGUAUGUGUCUCGCAGUAUAACCGCAAGAAUGAGGAAAGAGUUGUAUUAUUCUUGAAACUCAAAGACAAACACAAAUUCACGUCAGAACUCGUGUCGAGAAUCAAAGCCUUAAUAAGAGAUCGAUUGUCGCCCCGACACGUGCCCAGUGUUAUCACCGAAGUGCCAGAUAUUCCCUAUACAAUUAAUGGCAAGAAGAUAGAGGUGGCCAUCAAAAUGAUAAUCGCCGGCAAAGAGGUGUCCAAUAAGAAUGCGAUCGCAAACCCGGAAUCUCUCGAAUUCUUUAAGAAUCGAAAAGAGUUAGAAAAUUAUUGA